GACGCAAGGACCAGGGUGGUCGAGGAGAAACCCUCCGCCCUGAAACGUCGUCACUAAAGAAACACAAAAAAUACAGUGUCGGGGAUCGGUUCAUACAUCUACUUCAGAGUCGUUCCAAGCGCAGUAAGCAGCAGCCUUCUCUAACUGCCAAUUUACUGCUAGUUGUGUUUGGGCCUAUGACAGAGUCCCAAGGCAAGAUUUCGAGAAGCCUGAGAAAGAAGAUGGUUCCUGAAAAGUAUGUUAGAAUGAUACAAGAAAUGUACAGGAAUGCAGUGACCAGGAUGAGAAGCAGUGUUGGAGAGACGGAUGGCUUUGAGGUAAAAGUGGGACUACAUCAGGGUCGGCACUUAGCCCGUUUAUCUUCAACAUCGUGA